UUAUCUAUACUUUUAUUCCACAUUUUAUGAUAGAGGAAGAAGACAUUGCUUGUCUGGUGUUGUUUCUCUCAAUAUGGUGGUAAAAAACUCAAACCAAGUAGAAAAAUCCACUAAUUCCACUUAUGAUAGAUACAAUGAAGUGAAAGCUUUUGAUGAUUCAAAAGCUGGUGUGAGAGGUUUGGUGGAGUCCGGAGUGUCGAAGAUCCCACAGAUGUUCCAUAAUGAGAUGUUGGACAUUGCUACAAAGUCAAUUUGUGACUCUAAGUUGAAUAUUCCCAUCAUUGACCUCAAAGGUAUAGACAUCAAUCCAACUCUGCGUGAAGAGGUAAUUGGCAAAAUUCGAAGUGCAUGUCAUGAGUGGGGAUUUUUUCAGGUGAUUAAUCAUGAAAUUCCCAUCAAUGUAUUGGAUGAGAUGAUUCAUGGAAUCCGUAACUUUCAUGAACAAGAUGUUAAUGUUAGAAAAGAGUUUUAUACGCGUGAUUUAAGGGAAAAAGUUGUGUAUUUCUCCAAUACAACCUUAUUUACUAGUCAAGCUGCUGAUUGGAGAGAUACAGUUGGAUUCGUUGUUGCUCCUGAUCCAUUCAAACCAGAAGAAAUACCACCAAUAUGCAGAGAUAUUGUGAUUGAAUAUUCACAGAAAAUAAGUGAUUUAGGUUUCAGAAUCUUUGAGUUGUUGUCAGAGGCAGUAGGACUUGAUCCUUCUUACUUAAAAGAGUUGAAGUGUGCUGAAGGAAUCUAUAUUAUGGGUCACUACUUUCCGCCAUGCCCUGAACCUGAAUUAACUAUGGGUGUUGGAAAACAUACUGAUGGUAACUUCAUGACCUUACUUUUACAGGACCAAAUUGGUGGUCUUGAAGUUCUUCAUGAGAAUAGUUGGGUUAAGGUUCCUCCAACACACGGAGCUCUUGUUGUAAACGUAGGAGAUCUACUUCAGCUUAUCACAAAUGACAAGUUUGUAAGUGUUCAUCACCGAGUCUUAUCACCAAACAUAGGCCCAAGAAUUUCUGUAGCAACAUUCUUUCUGAGUUCUCGUGACCCAAUUGAAGGUGCAUCAAAAGUUUUUGGUCCUAUUAAGGAGCUGAUUUCAGAAGCAAACCCACCAAUCUACAAAGACAUUACAAUACAAGAUUUCUUAUCAUAUUUUCAUGCAAAAGGCCUUGAUGGGAGUUCUUCCUUAGAGCCUUUCAAGUUGUGAAUUCAACAUAUGAAUGCGCUUUUGAUACUCGUGGAACUUUCUAUAGUCUAUUUUAAAUAAGAAGUCAUGUCUUCAACAAUAAGUAUGUUCUGUAUGUAUCAAGUUUCUGAGAUUGAAAUAAAUGAAUUAUCUAUGAUUGUUGGCAUUAUAUUUUCUUAA